CCCGGCGAGGCGUUGGCUGAUAAAACGUGGCGAGUAUACCGUUCUAGUGACGUCGCCGCCGGCCACCAAAAAUAUACAGUGAUCCACAGGGUCGGCGAUUGAUCAUGGUGCCCACCACGUGGUGUGCCGCAGCAGCAGCUUUGUAGCCAGCCACCGUCCAUAUUGUUUUAUCACAAUAAAAAAAAACCACUAACGCCCGCGAGUGUGUGCGUGAUGGUGCACGGCCGCGGAAACCUUUGGCGGUCCGCCGUGGUCGUUUUUCUACUCACUUGUCUGCUUUUAGUCCGGGAAACGCAACAGGCGGCUUGCAGAGGAUGUACUAACCCGUUCAAAUGCGAUUGCAAAGGCAUAGUCGGCGAACCAGGCGACAAGGGUGUAUUCGGUCUACAGGGAACGGAAGGAGCUCCCGGUGACACAGGACCCGAUGGACCUUUUGGCCCAAAAGGUGAAAAAGGAUCGCUUGGCGAUUGGGGCGAUAUUGGUCCUAAAGGAUUUCGGGGCGAAUCCGGCUUGACCGGAUUAACUGGAAUUGCUGGUGUACCGGGUUACCCUGGAUCCCCCGGACCUCAAGGUUUGAAAGGUCUCGAAGGAUGUAACGGGACGGAAGGUCUAUCAGGUAUUUCCGGUCAACCAGGUAAUGUUGGUGAACGAGGUCUUCCGGGCUCCGAUGGACCACUUGGGCCACGGGGUGAUCCUGGUGACGGAGGUGCUAACAGCAAAGGAGUAAAAGGCGAACAAGGCGAAUCCGGAAAUCCAGGUAGAAAAGGCGUGUAUGGUUAUCCAGGAAUUGAAGGCCCGUUUGGCGACAUUGGUGUCCCUGGACCGCAAGGACCUUUAGGAGACUUAGGUUUUGCCGGUGAGAAGGGUGAAGAAGGAGACUCCAAGCCCGGACUCAAAGGUGUUCUUGGAGAUGAAGGAGAUCGAGGAGAACCCGGACCCCCUGCCGACCCCUCUAGCCCUCCAGAAAAUUUGAUACCGACGCCGGAUGAUACAGCCCACAAAGGUCCUCAAGGGGAUUACGGACUGAGAGGAGAAUACGGACGCGGAGGACCUAAUGGCGAGUUUGGCGUUAAAGGACAAAUGGGCUUUCCUGGAUAUGUAGGAUUCAAAGGUCUUAAAGGUAUUCAAGGAAACGUUGGGCAACGUGGAAAAGACGGUAAAGACGGUGCGCCGGGUUCUAGUGGUUUAAAAGGUGACAAAGGAUCUCCCGGAUACGCCGGACUAGAUGGUUCAGACGGAGACAAAGGCGAACCAGGUGAAUCGGGACGAGCUGGAAUUCCAGGAGUGCAAGGAUACGAAGGAGAACCUGGACUGUACGAUCCGUCGUUGGACCAAGUUUACGACGGCACUGAAGGACCGCAAGGACCUAUUGGUCCGGACGGUCCAAAAGGGGAAGACGGAAUACCAGGAAAGGUCGGUCCUCAAGGAGUAAUCGGUCAGCCGGGACAACCGGGACCACCAGGCGUACCUGGAAUGAAAGGACCGAAAGGCUUGUCAGUAAAAGGAGAACUAGGAAUGGAAGGCUUGGCCGGAUCAAUAGGAGAACAGGGACCGCCUGGAGUUGCUGGACCUUUGGGUCCUAUUGGAGAAAAAGGUUUUCCUGGUUUGACGACAUACGGUCCUCCCGGAGAAGACGGUCGUCCAGGUCGUGACGGUUCUCCCGGGCCCAAGGGAGAGCGUGGUGAAGGAGGAAUGAAAGGUCUAAAAGGUUUCCCAGCGACUCGUCCCGGUGAACGAAUUGUCGGCCCUCGUGGUGCUCCAGGUCUUCCCGGGUUUCCGGGUCUGGAAGGAUUGCACGGAGUACCGGGAUAUCCGGGUAAUGACGGCAAAAAGGGAAUUCGAGGCGACGAUUGCGGUUACUGUUCUCCAGGUGUUCCCGGCUUAAAAGGUGAACCAGGUGACGAUGCGCCAAACGGAAUACCAGGAGCUCCGGGCCCUGCUGGUUUGAUGGGUCCCCGAGGGCCCAAGGGUGUGAUGGGAAGACCCGGUGUACCAGGACACAAAGGAUUGGUUGGGCGACCAGGUUCUGCAGGUCAGUUUGGAUAUCCCGGAAGUAAAGGAGAAAAGGGAAGUGUUAUUUUACCGGAUAACUACAUCUUACUCAUAAAGGGAGAAAAGGGACCGAAAGGAUUCACCGGCAGUGUAGGACCGGAAGGCCAACAAGGACCGACAGGAGAAGUAGGACCUCCAGGAAUACCCGGAAUGAAAGGAUUAAAGGGCUUCUACGGAGAACAAGGAUAUCCAGGAAACAACGGUUUUCCAGGACAACACGGACAACCGGGACAAAAAGGCGAGCCAGCUGAUAAUUUGGAUAUGGAAAGCUUAAGAGGAGACAAAGGAGAGGCCGGCCUGCCAGGAUCAAGAGGACCCGUCGGCGAUUUCGGCACUAAAGGUGAAUCGGGCGAUGUAAGUCAAGCUUUACAAGAGCUAAAAGGAGAGAAAGGCAUCAAAGGGUUACGUGGCAACAAAGGAUUCGAGGGGUACAAAGGACAAAUGGGACCACCUGGUGAUCAAGGUGAAAUCGGUUAUCCCGGAGCUUCAGGUGCAGCCGGAGCUGAAAUAGAAGGCCCACAAGGGUUGAAAGGAUAUCCCGGGAUUGUCGGGGACCAAGGGCCAAAGGGAGAAUAUGGAUUACCGGGAAAACCGGGUCAACCUGGACUACCGGCUAUCCCCAGUCAAAAGGGUGAUCGUGGAGAACCUGGACAGAGCAUACUAUACGGAGAACUGGGCGAUUGGGGUCCUAAAGGAGAGAAAGGACAACCGGGUGAAGAAGGCAUUCCCGGAGUCAAAGGUUACCAUGGAUAUGACGCUCCAGACGGCCUCAAAGGUCAAAAGGGUAGUCCCGGCUUGACUGGGCCAGUCGGUAGACAAGGUAACCAAGGAGAACGAGGCAUCGCCAUACGAGGGCCGCCAGGGUAUCCGGGUGCACCAGGCGCACCGGGUCUAGCUGGAGUUUUUGGAUCUAUCGGUCCAAAAGGAAUUGACGGCGAACCCGGUGACAUCGGGCUGAAAGGCAUUAGAGGCGAUUGGGGAUCACCAGGAAUAAGAGGAAUGGAAGGCGAUAAAGGACCACCCGGAUUACCGGGUCGAUCAGGUCUGAUGGGCAAAAUAGGUGACUUGGGUAUACACGGUGACGAUGGAGACGCCGGACUCGUGGGAGCAAAAGGUAUUCCAGGAAAACCGGGAAUCAUCGGAUUGACUGGUGAAAAAGGAUAUAGAGGAGAUUUCGGCAUGGAAGGUAUGCCCGGACUCGAAGGACUUCCCGGUGAAAAGGGUGUAAUCGGAGACCAAGGACUAACCGGUCUGCCUGGUAUUAGAGGCGAUUAUUCGUUCAGUGGUCCAAAAGGAGACUUCGGAGAACCCGGAAGAGACGGCGAAAUGGGUCCUAUGGGUACACAUGGGUACAAUGGCAGAAAGGGUGUACGAGGAGACAACGGAACAGUAACGCAUGGAGAUGAAGGCGAAAAAGGGCCAAAAGGUGAACCUGGAAUUGAUGGCAGGCCUGGAUAUUCAGGACGACCGGGCUUAAUGGGUGACCUCGGUAUUGUCGGAGAAAAAGGUGUCAUCGGAGACGAAGGUCCCAAAGGCUAUCCAGGACUCAAAGGACGGUCGGGCACUCCAGGUUUAAAUGGUAUUCAAGGACCACAGGGAUUAGCCGGAACACUUGGAAACAAAGGAGACCGCGGAUGGGACGGUAUGCCGGGCGAUAUUGCAAAACCAGGAUUACCGGGAGACACUGGAUACGGUGGUGCUUACGGUGAAAUUGGACCAAAUGGACCUAAAGGACCCGUGGGAGAGCCGGGAUACACAGGCUUUAUUGUCGCCACUAAAGGAGAGGAUGGAGAAAGAGGUCAUACUCCCCUGAGAGGCCCGCCAGGAUCACAAGGACUACAAGGGCUCUAUGGAGAAAAAGGGCUUAAAGGAACAGUUGGCGAUAUCGGACCAAGUGGCCCAACAGGAUAUCAAGGAAUACAAGGAUUAAAAGGAGAAUCCGGCGAUACUGGUCCUGUCGGAAUUCCGGGCCUACCCGGUAUAAAUGCAGAGCCAGGAGAGAAAGGACGAGGCGGAAUUGAUGGAUCUCCAGGAAGACCUGGUAUUGAUGGUCAAAAAGGAGCCCCGGGAGACUAUGGCGAUGACGGGGAACAAGGAUUAUCUGGAAUCCGCGGUGUUAGUCCAAAGGGUCCUAGAGGACAAGUCGGUCCCAGAGGCCUACCUAUUCCCGGAUCACCCGGUGUACCAGGUGUUCCCGGUAUUAACGGCAAGCCCGGUAGACUUGGUCAAAAGGGUGUGAAAGGCGAACCAGGCACAUCGUCAUUUGGAAUAAAAGGCCAAGUGGGUGACGUCGGACUGGACGGAUUAAUCGGCCUGGACGGUGAACGUGGAGACAUUGGCGAAUCCGGAUACGAUGGCAUACAAGGUUCACCCGGUGUAAAGGGUCUUCAAGGUCUUCCAGGACAACCAGGAAUUCCAGGAUUUAUGGGCAUGCCCGGCAUAAAAGGCAAACAAGGCGAUUACGGAGAAACACCGUGGUACAACGAAACCGCCAUCAUAGGAAGGCCAGGCGACCAAGGAGAUGUAGGACUACCGGGAUUACCGGGUCUACCCGGAGACAAUGGACUUCCAGGACGCGAAGGAUUACAAGGUGAACCGGGUGAAACCGGUUACCCUGGUCUUAUUGGACUUAGAGGUGAAAAGGGUCGCAAAGGAAUGGUCGGCGUUCAAGGCGCUACCGGAAGAACCGGACCGAUGGGAUAUCCCGGUCGACCGGGAUUAGACGGUCUGCCCGCGAUACCAUCCAAGCCGCCACCACACCGCGGCAACUUCUUCACUUACCAUUCCCAAACCGAACUCGUACCGGAAUGUCCCAAGAACACGGUUCAGCUUUGGUCUGGAUACUCUCUGUUGCAUUUCAUGGGCAACGCCAAAGCGCACGGUCAAGAUUUAGGCGCUCCUGGAAGUUGUUUGAAAAAGUUUAACACCAUGCCGUUCUUGUUCUGUAACCUGAACGAGGUGUGCGACUACGCCAGCCGCAACGACUACAGUUACUGGUUGAGCACACCCGAGCCCAUGCCGUUGAUGAUGACGCCAAUUAUCGGCCAAGACAUUUCCAAAUAUGUAUCCAGGUGUUCCGUGUGCGAGGCCCCCACCAGGGUAAUCGCCGUGCACAGUCAGUCGGUGUCCAUACCGGAGUGCCCGCAAGGCUGGAGCGAAUUGUGGAUCGGAUACAGUUUCAUAAUGCACACUGACGCGGGUGCCGAAGGAGGCGGCCAGUCUCUGGUAAGUCCUGGGUCGUGCUUGGAAGACUUCAGACCGAGACCGUUCAUCGAGUGCCACGGUCUGGGCAGGUGUAACUUCUUUACCACGGCCUAUUCUUACUGGCUGUCGACCGUCGAAGACCGCGACAUGUUCAGAAAGCCCAGGCCGCAGACACUGAAGGAAGGCUCGUUGAAGAUGCGCAUCAGCAGGUGUGCCGUAUGCCUAAGGUCUCGACCGUGAGCGAUCCAACCGAGCCCAAUACUGCUCGGCCGGCAUUUGAUUAUUAUUAACAUAUUAUUAAUUUUUAUUCUUACCAUUUUUAUAUUUAAAUAAUAUAUUUUAAAAAACGAUUGUGUUCUGUAUAAUAUAUAUAUAUAUCAUUAUAUAUUUUAUUAUUAUGAUUAAUAUUAUUAUUAUUUUAUUAUUUGCGUUAAUAACGUUAGGCUACAAGU